AUGAAUGAGACGGAGUGUGAGAGUAUGGCGCCGGUGGAAAUGGUGAGGGGGGAGGGGGGGGAGGGAACGGCGGCGACAUGCGCGGCGAGGAGGGAUAAGAUUGCUAGGUAUUUUCAUGUUGUUGGGGUCAGGCGUGUGCUUGUCACGUUGGGGGCGCAGGGGGUUUGGUAUAGUGCUGGGGAUGUUGGGAGGGAGGUACAAAUUGGGGGAGCGGAGUGGGUGAGGGCUGUUGGGGAGGUGCCUGCUGCGAAGGUGGAGAGCGUGGUGGAUACGACGGGGGCGGGGGAUACGUUUGUGGGUGGGUAUGCGGUGCAGAUUGCGCGGUGGAGGGAGGCGAAGGGGGGCGGGCGGGUAGGAGAGAUGACGGUUCAGGAGAGGAGGGAGUGGUAUGGGGACGUUACGGAGCGGGCGGUUAGGUGGGCCACGAAGGCUUCUGCGAGGUGUGUGGAGAGGGAUGGGGCGAUGAACAGUAUACCGUGGGAAGAUGAAAUUUUAUGA